GCCUCCAGGUACAGCACCUUGAAGCGCUCCUCGGCCAAAGCUCGCUGCAGGCGCCGCAGGUGCCGGCGGCAUCGCUCCAGCUCCCGCUCCAUGGCCCGCACCGAGCCCAGCUCCAUGCGGGGAGCCGGUUCCCCCGGGAAUUCCUCCUGCCAGUGUCGGGCAAAGUCCGCCCGAGCCACGGACGCCGCCUCCUCGCCCGCUGCCAUCCCCGGGCUUCCCCGCCGCCUUCCUCCUCCUCCCCCUCCUCCUCCUCCUCCUUCCGCCCCCCACCACCGCCGCGGGCCCUGACGUCGGCUCCCGCCCGGCCCCUCCAUCCCGCCCCCGGCCGCUCCUCCUCGGCACGGCCCCGACGGGGCGGGCGUAGCGCUGCCACCUCCCUCCGGCAUCGCCUGGCCCGGCUCAGAGCGGCUUUCUGCGGCCGGAGCUCGGCGUCCACUCCUGGAAUAUCGGAGGGAGCCGCCCCCAGGCUAAAGGAGGCCCACGCCUGUAGCAGCAGCUCUUCCUGCUCAGGGUGCAACCUGGGGUCUCCUGACACGUUUUAGGAGGAUACUGAGAGGGUCGUGUACCCACAGCUGGUCUGAGCCCUUCCUGGUGAGGGUCCACCUUGGAGCUCCUGACACACACCGGGAGGUGCUAAGAUGUGGCAGUGCUUGGUGCCAGCAGCAUCAGAGCAACGAACCAAGUGGCACAAAUCAUCCCACACACUGCAAAGAGCUGCUUCUCAGCCAGCAAGAUGUGAGCCUCAAUGGCACUGAGUAGUGCCCGUGCCGUGGAGCCGCCCUAUCCUAACCCAUGUGCUGGGCUUGGGGCCAUCAGCACCCCAAGGCUGGUGGUGCUCUGAUGAUAACACCUGGCAUGAUAACACUCUGAUGGUGAUACCUGGCUUGUUAUCACUGACAAUGACACCUGGCUUGGUGCACUGUGCUUUGCUCCCCACGCCCCACAAAGGAAUGGCAUUUCCCUUUUGCCACGGGAGGGAGGUGUGGGUGACUCAGGACGGUGAUUCACAGCCAGUGUCCUUUGUUGCCACCUGGCUGUGACCCAGCAGGAAGAAAGCACCCUAUUCAUUGACGCAGGAUCCCAGGAAGUGUCGCAACAGCCGCCUCCUCCAUCCCCAGAGUGGUUGCUCCUGCUCCUGUCCCCACGGUGGCUGCUCCCGUGUCACCCAGCUGAGCUUUGGGGCUCCUCCUGGCACAGCCUCCCCUUGGGGACUGUGGGGCAGAGACUCCCAGUGGGGAGUCUUAUCUGUGGGGCCAGUGACAGAAGUGACACUGGUGCCCAGGUGAGGACAGUGCCCAGCAAUGCCCUGUCCUAUUCUAGACAGACAGUCCAUCCUCAGUGCUGAGACCCUUUACAGCAGAUGGAGGAGGAGGGGGUACCACGAGCACCCACAUGAUUUAUAUGUGGCGACAGAUAAUUACAGCCCUUCCAUCACCUGCCAUGCAGACGGCCCAGCAGAGCUUUACACCACAUUUCUGGCUGCCCAUCCCAACCCAUAAAUCUCCCCAAUUCAAAGCAAUAAAUCAGGGGGGACUGGGAGAGCAGCCCCAGGCAGGUGUCCCUCCCCACCUGCCCACCCAGUAAUGGGCACGUAGAUAGGAAAUGUCCAGGAUGAGGUGGGGACACCCGGCGGGCUGUGCUAAUUACAGGCGGCAGGUGGCAUCCGACGAGCUGUGAUUUAUGGUCCGGUCCUUCUGAGAGCUGGGGCUGAGUCCCUGCCGGUCUGGGGCCAGCAAAGCUUCAUGGCUACUGCUCUGGGUAGGAUGAAGGUAUGAUAGGGGCCACGGGCACGUCUAUGUGCUCAGCUCUGUGUCAGCUCUACGUGCAUGGCCCAACCCCCUGCACCAAUAAAGCAGCCCCAUGGCAUCACAGAGUGGUAUUUCCCUAAGUCUCUGGCAUCAAAUCGCCCCCCAGAAAAUUAAAUAGCUUUUGAUUCCUGAGCUGAACUUGCAGCUUGCAGGGACUGGGGGACCAGAAGGCCACUGAGAGAACAAGAGGGUCACAGUGAGCACAGGUGAGUGCUCAGAGCUAUUUGCAAGCUUCAUUUCCCUUUGAAGUCCCACUGCCUCAUCCUCCCUGCUCCCCGAGGCCCUGGCUCCUGAUUUAUGGGGUUCCUGAAGCAGAGGCACCUAAAUUAGCUCCCACUUCAAAGAGCCAAGAGAGGAGAAGAGCAAUAGACAAAUAGCCCAGCUAAUUGUGGCCAUUGAUCAACCCCACUGCGGGAUGAUCAGAUAAGAAGGGAUGGAUAAAGGGGACCAUGUUCUCCCAGGGCUCGGCUUCUGACCAGUAGCCCCGACAAUUUGUCACAAUGACUCUCCAGAGCCAUUUUUCAAAGCAUCGUUACCCCGUGUGCAGGAGGGCAUUUAGCAGCUGCUCUGUAAUGAAAAGGUGGGCAAAGGGGCAGGGAAUGCAACUCCAAGCUGCCCGGCCCUCCUGGUGACCCUACAUCCCAUGGCUGGGAGACCCAUGGGGAACAAUGAGAUUUAGAAAUCAGUCUGUGGAGAACAAGGAGAUUUGGGGCACGAGGAGAGUCAUCUUCUCCACCAAAAGCAAAUGUGGGGAGGCAGACAGUGCUUCAGCUCCUUUGCCACCUGCCCACUGAUGUGGUACUGAGGGAAGGAAUUAGUGGGCACGGUGGGGGUGGGCUGGGGCUGGACUUGAGGAUCUGAGUGGUCUCUAACUGGGAGAAACCCCUGGGCAGGGCCAGCACCUGGGGGCUGGGAUGGAGCCACGUGACGGCAGUGGGGUUUUUAGGGCUGGCUGCCUGACCCCAGAGCAGUGUGUGGCAGCCCUGGGGGAGGCAGGACCACAACAGCACCUUGUUCUGUCCUGCCCACUACAGCCAUGUCCCAAGAAGCUGCAGCACGGCUGGGAGAGCCCAAAGGUUCGGAUGAGGAAUUGGAGCAGGGGGCUGCACCGCGAGCGUGCUGCAGGCAGGAGAUGUGGAUUCCUAAGGGGAGGAAUGCAACCGCCUGCCUGGGAGACGCCGAGGAGAUGAAGGUGAGGAAGAGGAGCAGGCCGGUGCGCUCCAAGGCCAGGAGGAUGGCAGCCAAUGUGCGGGAACGCAAGAGGAUCCUGGACUACAACCAAGCCUUCAACGCUCUGCGGCUGGCCCUCAAGCACGACCUCGGCGGCAAGAGGCUCUCCAAAAUCGCCACCCUGCGGAGAGCCAUCCACCGCAUCGCCGCUCUGUCCCUGUCCUUGCACUGCUGGCCCUGCACCCACUCCGAGUGCCGCAGGCAGGGCGUGCGGGAUGGCUGCCUUGUGCCCCCCAGUGCUGUGGGUUAUGGCUGCUAUCCCCCCGAGAGCCAGCUCCAGUGCUAUGAGAGCCCGCAGGAGGAUCACCCAGCAGCCAGCCCUGUGUUCUACCCCAUGGGGAGCCAGCAGAAGCACACAAGCAACCUGCAAGCCCUCCCGCUUGCACCGCUUCCCUGGCAGCUGGGGGGGUUGCAGAGCUCUGGCUUCCAGUGCUUCCCCAUCCACUGAGCCACAGAGCAGGGAGGGUGAGGCUGAGCUGGGAAGGUAACAAAGUGGGGAGUGGGUUGGGACUCUGUGUGGGAAUGGUGGGACGUGGAGCUCAGCUGCAGUGCCACGAGCCCAGCAAAGCCUGGAAACUCAGAGCUGGGAAGCGUGGAGGAGGUUGCUUUCUGUUCAAGGAAGGGCCAGCUCUGCGGUUUCUUUUCUUGUGAGGUUUCUCUGCUGGAAAUUGUGACAAUUAUUUAUUCUCUUUUGUUUGCUUUGUGAGAAAACAUGACUUAAAAACCCAGCACUGGGGCACUGGUUGUUACUGUGUGCGAUGUGGACAGAUGGUGCGUGUGGAUCACACUAAAGCCCCUGGCUCUGGUUCCAGCUGAUGAA